AUGGUCAAGUCGAUGUCUCAAAUGCUCGUCAUUGGAGGAACCUAUACAGACACCAACGACUGUGACUUGGCGUAUAAAAUCUGGGCCCAGCAUAACUUUUGGACAGGCACAAGCCAGAAUGCAGGAGAUAAUACAACAUACUACUGGGCGCUAUACAACCCAAACAUCACUACUAACGUCGUCCCCAUUGAUGUAUAUAACGCCAUAGGCGGGGAUAAGAUGGGAGGGGCAAAUCUUACGGCGCCCCAAAAGGGCUUUGACCCUGGGAAUGAGCUGCUACAAACUCUAUUUGAUCGAAAGCCGGUAAUUCCUGAUCGCAAGCCAACUCGCGAUAUCAACAUACAUUCCCCGGGCGCUUCAGGGCUUUCAGGCGGUGCUAUUGCUGGCAUCGUGAUUGGUUCCAUUGCAGGCCUGGCGCUUCUAUUGUUGGCAUGGUACUGCGUCGGAAAAAGGGUCCUCCAUCGUCGUGAGGAGAGGCGCCAAGAAAGGUACUCAAUAUCAUCACACAUGGGGAACACGGCGGGAUUGUCAAGUAUAGGAAACCCGCCCAUGUCUAUGAUCUCUCGACAACAGUCAUUCGGGACCUGGGGAACAGCGUCCACAAACUAUCAAAGUCCGCCUCCGGCGGAGCAAGGGCCAUGUGUGGAACUCACCGCAGAGCAGGUUCCUGGCGAGCUACCUUCUAGUGAUCCAGCAAAGCCCGAAAUUAUUAACGAGCUACCCGCCGAGAGCAUUAGGCAGUGA